UCUUGUGGGCGCGCGCACACGGCGGAGCGCAACGCGGACAGACGCGACGCAUCCGAGACCCUGCGCGAGAUCACGCUGGACUAUUGCUGCUCUACCUGACGGUCAACGUGUAGACGCGACGCGAGGAUGCCGUAUAUCCUGAUCAGUACACAGAUACGACUGGAGACGGGGCCCACCAUGGUCGGGGACAAGUAUUCCGAUCCCUCUGUGAUGAACUACCUUGGAGCCCGGAAAACCACCAUGCUGGGAAACAACUUUUCAGAGUACCAUGUGGAUGAACCUCCGAGACUGGUCUUGGAUAAACUCGAGAAGAUCGGCUACAGAGUUGUCAGUAUGACAGGUGUCGGUCAGACUCUGGUUUGGUGCCUUCAUAAAGACACCAGUGACACUUUGGGACUCUAAUGUCUCUCUGUAUUCCAGGUGAACAUGGUAAAUGAGUUAAAAGGUGCAGUAAUUGUACACUCUGAGGACUUUGUACUAGAGGUAGACCGAUAUAUCGGUUUUACCGAUUAUUUGGUGCCGAUAGUUGAUUUUUGGAAUUAUCAGUCAUAGGCAAAAAUGUAUGCUGAUAGUUGCAGAUAUUAUUUGUUUUAAUUAUUUUUCUGUGACCAGCUUGGUUCUACAGUAUAACAGCGGUAGAGGUAGACCGAUAUAUUGGUUUUACCGAUUAAUCAGUGCCGAUAGUUGCUUUUUGCAACUAUCAGUUAUAGGCAAAAAUCUAUGCUGAUAGUUGCAGAUAUUACAUUUUGUUAUUAUUUCUCUGUGGCCAGCUUGGUUCUACAGUAUAAUCACAGGAGAGAUAGACCGAUAUAUCGGUUUUACCGAUUAAUUGAUGCCGAUAGUUGCUUUUUGCAAUUAUCAGUUAUAGGCAAAAAUCUAUGCUGAUAGUUGCAGAUAUUGCAUUUUGUUAUUAUUUCUCUGUGGCCAGCUUGGUUCUACAGUAUAACAGCAGGAGAGGUAGACCGAUAUAUCGGUUUUACCGAUUAAUCCAUGCCGAUAGUUGCCUUUUGGAACUAUCGGUUAUCGGGGGAAAGAAUAUGCCGAUAGUUGCCGAUAGAUUUUAUUUGUAUUAUUAUUCCACUGUGUUCUCUGGCCAGGGCUGGAGAAUUCUACAAUUACAAUGGCUUGAUUCUACAGUAUAACAGUGGUCUCUAGAGGAGUGACUAGGAUCAUACAGAUAUACAUUGUCUCUAACUUUAUAUCUUGUGAGUAACAAUAAACUGUAUUCCUGUUGAACUAUAUAUACCCAGUUUAUAUACAAAACCCUUUAUGUGGUGAAUAUAUAGGCUAUAAAAAGUUUAAUUUGGUAAAUAGCCUACUUAACUAAAGAGCACUGUAACAGAGCCAAGUUUCCAUCAUUUCAAAAUAAGAGUCCCCGGUGUGUUUCAGGCUUAUUUAUAGUUAAAAGUCUCACAUUAUGCACCAAAUAUAAAAUUUUUUCUGGUUGCUAUUGGGAUCUUGGAUGAACAAAAAACUGCAUCUUUCAUUUCAAAAUAAGAGUCUUAGAGAAUCUUAAUUUGUUUCUGGUUAUUAUUGGGAUUUUUGGUUUACUUUGAUUAAAUAGUUAAUAAUUCUUUUGGAUUCUUGUAGCCUCUGUGUGUGUACCCGUCACAGUAUGGAAAGACUAUGAUUUAAAACAAAUAAAAUUUAUCUAUCGGCCAAUUAAUCAGUUAUCGGCCUUUUCCACCAGCUCAGUUAUUGGUAUCUGCAAAAUCCACUAUCGGUAAACCUCUAGUUUGUGCACUUUCAUAAUAGUGAAUAUGUGAGAUAAAAUUACAGCAGCCUAUAAAUAUCUCACAAAAUAUAUUUGAAAUUUGUUCCUCGAAAAUAUUCAAUUAUUAUCAAGGGGUUAAUUAUUAUUUUAUAUGAUUCACAGUCACUGAUUUAUUUUUUAUUAAUUUUUUUAGAUACUCUGUAUAGAUGCUUAUAUGUCAAGAAAGUACACUUUAUUUUGUGAAUUUAGACGUGUAAAUUAGUUAAUUCAGUUUAAUUAUAUAGAUUGGCGGAACAUCAUUAAUAUUCUAAUAUGUGCAAAAAAUGCUAAAUACAUUAUUGAAUCUAUAUAAUCUCUCUUUAUAUUCUAUAGAAAAAGACAUCUUAGAAAAACAACAUUUUGCAAUUAAAUACCCACAUUUUAGUUUAGCUUCAAUUUGUUUGAUGAUACAAUUCAAAGCUUUGAUUCGUUAUGCAUUUUUGUUAAGCAUACAUUUCAUCUGUAUUGUAAGGAUGAUAAUCUUGGCAUUUAAAUAUUGUGCAUUUAUGCUUUUAAAUCUGCAAUAAACAAAAUACAGAAUGA